CUAACCAAGUCUGCGCGCGACAAGACCAUGAAGCAAUAGCUAACGCCGUCUGGCUAUACGGUGGCGCGAAAUUCGAAUCCCACCCCUAAUAUCGAUGAUGACAGACUGAAUCAAACUCAUCCCUAAAAGAAGAAGGAUGAAAUACAAGGAAUCGUGGUGAAAGUGGUGUUCAAUUUCUUUCUCGAGUUCUUCAGCUAGUGCAUUUUCCUUUUCAGUGGUAAAAGUAGGAAAUUAGAGAAGCAGUUGCGAAAAUGACAGCCAAUGGUAUACGCCAUGACAACAGUUACAGCGACGAUAAUUUUUCCGACGAUGAAAGCUCUCCUCUUACAGAAAAUUUAUAUGGAGGAAGUGUUAGAACUGUGCAAGAAACCAAAGGAUGGGACGUGUUCAGGGACCCUCCCAUCAAGGAGGAGUCUGGAUCGAUGGCAAACCAAAAAUGUUUAGAAAUUACCGUAAAAUGUCUAAAAGUAGUAGCAUAUUUAGUCACAUUUAUUAUAGUCUUAGCGUCUGGUGUUAUAUCGAAAGGAACCCUAUUAUUUAUGACCUCGCAAUUAAAACCAGACAAAGUCGUACCAUAUUGUAAUAAAGAUUUAGGUAGAGAAAAACAAUUUAUAGUAAAAAUACCGACGCAGGAACGAGUAGCAUGGAUGUGGUGCCUGUUUUUCGCGUUUUGUGUGCCUCACCUGGGAGCGCUGUUCAGAUCGACGAGAAUGUGCUACUUCAAGUCGUCAAAAAGGCCGAAAUUUUCACAUUUUCUCAUGCUGUUCCUACCCGAAACAGCCCAUACCAUCGGAUUGGCUCUUUUGUUCUUCCAUGUUCUGCCAGACAUCGAUGUGGUCAAAGGAGCCAUGUUAACGAAUUGCUUAUGUUUCAUGCCAGCAGUUUUAGGUCUUCUAUCCCGAAACAACAAAGAAUCAGGAAGAUUCAUAAAAGUGAUCAUGGACAUGAUAGCCAUCGCAGCACAAGCCACCGGUUUCAUCGUAUGGCCCAUCGUGGAAAACCGAGCGGAUCUCUGGAUCAUUCCAGUAACGAUAUUCCUCAUCUCCAUCGGCUGGUGGGAGAACUACAUUUCCAAGCAUUCCCCCAUACCUUUCAUCAAAAAACUGGGCAAGAUCAAGGACUCCUUCGACCAGACCAGAUAUUUCAGUUACAUGUUCAUCUCCGUUUGGAAAAUACUAGUGUUUUUCGUGACCAUCCUGUUUAUCAUAUUGAUCAGGGAAGGAGAGGUGGCGUUUUUCUUUACGGAGUUCUCGGAGAGCUUCAACGUUCACCCGAUCACGGUGCUAGAGAUCAAACCCGUCCUGGGUGGCACCGUCCUACCUGACAUCUCCGAGAUAAUCCCCACGGGAGACGACACUGUCAUACCAUCAAACGACUGGAGCGCCUUAUACGUCAUGAUGAUCCACAUCCUGGCGUCCUACUUCGUCUACAUUUUCGGAAAAUUCGCUUGCAAAAUCAUGAUCCAAGGUUUCUCAUACGCUUUCCCAGUCAACCUCACCAUCCCAGUAUGCGUAUCACUCUUAAUAGCAGCUUGUGGGUUAAGAAACGGAGAUCCCUGCUUCUUCCAUGAGACCGUUCCAGACUAUUUGUUCUACGAAAUACCUCCAACGGCAUUUUUGAACGAUUUCAUCUCGCACCAGCAUGCUUGGAUUUGGUUAGUGUGGCUUUUGUCUCAAACAUGGGUCACUUUGCAUAUCUGGACACCGAAAUGCGAGCGUUUGGCUAGGACAGAGAAACUUUUUGUUAUCCCGAUGUACGAGGGGCUUCUCAUCGAUCAAAGUAUGGGUAUGAACAGAAGAAGAGAUGAUGAGGCUGAUGUUAAAACGGAAGAUUUGGACGAGAUUCAGAAAGAAAAGGCUGACGAGUAUUACGAGACUAUUUCGAAUCAUACUGACGGUUCUUCCCCGAAGACUAUCAAGAGUUCUGACAACAUUACGAGGAUCUAUGCUUGUGCUACUAUGUGGCACGAGAACAAGGAGGAAAUGAUAGAGUUCUUGAAGUCGAUUUUGAGACUGGAUGAAGAUCAAUCUGCUAGAAGGGUGGCGCAGAAGUAUUUGAGGGUGGUUGAUCCAGAUUAUUAUGAAUUUGAAACUCAUAUCUUCUUCGAUGACGCGUUCGAGAUCGCCGACCACAACGAUGACGACACGCAAGUCAACAGGUUCGUUAAACUUUUGGUGGCUACCAUAGACGAGGCGGCAUCCGAUGUGCACCAGACCCAUAUCAGAGUCAGGCCACCUAAGAAAAUACCCACUCCUUACGGAGGUCGUCUCAUUUGGCAACUGCCGGGAAAAACCAAGAUGAUCGCCCACCUGAAGGACAAAAUGAAGAUCAGACACAGGAAACGAUGGUCCCAAGUGAUGUACAUGUACUAUCUUUUGGGACACCGUCUCAUGGAAUUACCCAUUUCAGUAGACAGAAAAGAAGCCAUAGCCGAAAAUACCUAUUUGUUGACUCUUGAUGGCGAUAUUGAUUUUCAGCCAUCCGCUGUACUGUUGCUUAUCGAUUUGAUGAAGAAAAAUAAGAAUCUAGGAGCUGCCUGUGGUCGUAUCCACCCUGUAGGUUCCGGUCCCAUGGUGUGGUACCAACUCUUCGAAUAUGCUAUUGGUCAUUGGCUGCAAAAAGCUACUGAACACGUCAUUGGCUGUGUACUUUGUAGUCCUGGAUGUUUCUCUCUCUUCAGAGGAAAGGCUUUGAUGGACGACAAUGUCAUGAAGAAAUACACCACAUGUUCUGCAGAGGCUAGGCAUUACGUGCAAUACGAUCAGGGAGAAGAUCGUUGGUUAUGUACGUUACUUCUGCAAAGAGGAUAUCGUGUAGAGUAUUCUGCUGCAUCUGAUGCUUAUACUCAUGCUCCUGAAGGUUUCAAUGAAUUCUACAAUCAACGUCGAAGAUGGGUACCUUCCACUAUUGCCAACAUCAUGGACUUGCUCAUGGACUCGAAAAGAACCAUCGACGUCAACGACAACAUUUCCAUGCCCUACAUCGGCUACCAAAUUCUUCUUAUGGGAGGUACCAUCCUUGGACCCGGUACUAUAUUCCUUAUGUUGGUGGGUGCUUUCGUGGCCGCUUUCCAAAUCGAUAACUGGACUAGCUUCUACUACAACUUGUAUCCCAUUUUGUUCUUUAUGUUGGUGUGCUUCACUUGCAAGUCAAACAUACAGCUGAUAGUUGCACAGAUUCUCUCAACUGGAUACGCCUUAAUCAUGAUGGCUGUCAUAGUUGGUACAGCUUUGCAAUUGCGUGAAGACGGCAUUGGAUCUCCUUCAGCCAUUUUCUUGAUAGCUAUGACGGGUUCGUUCUUCAUAGCUGCGUGUCUGCAUCCACAAGAAUUCUGGUGUAUAGUUCCUGGACUUAUAUACCUCUUGUCUAUACCUUCUAUGUACUUGCUGUUAAUUCUCUACUCUAUCAUUAAUUUGAACAACGUAUCGUGGGGUACUCGUGAAGUAGCAGUUAAGAAAACUAAAAAGGAACUGGAAGAAGAAAAGAAGCAAGCCGAGGAAUUAAAGAAGAAAACUAAACACAAAUCACUGCUCGGUUUUCUACAGAACGGUGGUACUAGCGAAGAUGACGAAGGAAGCAUCGAAAUUUCAUUAGCUGGUCUGUUCAAAUGUAUGCUCUGCACUCACCAAAAAGCUGGCGAUGAAAAGGCACAACUCAUCCACAUCGGGGAUUCCCUUGAUAUGCUUGGAAAACGAUUGGAUCAUAUUGAAAAAAUCGUUGAUCCCAUGGGUCAUGCAUCCAGAAAACGAAGCAUGUCUGCCUCCUCAAGACACGGAGGAGACCACCAUCAUCUGAGCGCGGUGAACGAAGAAGCAGCUGAAGAUGCAUCUUCUGAAUCCGAUUCAGAAAGUACGUCGACCGUGCCACAGAACAAGAGGGAUGAUUUAGUCAAUCCUUACUGGAUAGAAGAUCCAGAUGUUGGUAAAGGAGAAGUGGAAUUCUUGAGCAGCAACGAAUUGCAAUUCUGGAAAGACUUGUUGGCAAAGUAUCUUUAUCCUCUGGAUGAAAACAAAGAAGAAAAGGACCGCAUAGCGAAGGACUUAAUCGAGCUUCGCAAUAAGUCGGUAUUCGCAUUCUUCAUGUUCAACGCUCUGUUCGUAUUAGUGGUAUUCUUAUUGCAACUUAACAAGGAUCAGAUCCAUGUUAAGUGGCCUCUCGGAGUUAAAACGAAUAUUACGUACGUCGAGGAGACCUCUGAGGUUCACAUCACAAAAGAAUAUCUUCAACUGGAACCCAUUGGUUUAGUUUUCGUGUUCUUCUUUGCCCUUAUUUUGGUGAUCCAAUUCGUAGCUAUGUUGUUCCACAGAUUCGGAACCAUAGCCCACAUACUUGCUUCGACUGAGUUGAAUUUAUGCAGCAAAAAGAAAGAGGAACUGUCUCCAAAUGCUCUGCUGGAUAAACAAGCUGUAGAAAUAGUGAAGCAGCUGCAAAAAUUGCAAGGAAUCGACGAUGGAGAUUAUGAUAAUGAUUCUGGAUCAGGCCCUGAUAGAAUAGGCCGCAGGAAAACGAUCCAUAACAUUGAAAGAGCUGCUCAGAAGAAAAGACAGAUCGGAACGCUGGACGUUGCCUUCAAGAAAAGAUUUGCUAAAAUCAAUGCCAAUCCUAAUGGAGGUACACCCGUUCUAAGUCGCAGAAUGACGAUGCGUCGCGAAACAAUGAAAGCUCUAGAAGUGAGAGUAAACUCCGUGAUGGCCGAAAGAAGAAAGUCACAAAUGAAGACACUAGGUGCCAAAAAUGAAUUCAACCUGGCCAACAACAACGUAAACAACCUGACGAGGAACCACAGGAGCAGCGUGGCCAGCAGCAUACCUGCCAAAGAGAUUUUCGAGAACGGUCACGUGAACAAAGCUUUUGAGGAGGAAAGCACUUACGGAAGCCGAAACUCGCUACAGAUGCAGAAAAGAAGUAAUCCUCAAUGGAAGGGAAGCAAUAGCAGAAUGUAAAUAUUAGGAAAAAUGUAAAAUUUUCAAAUCACUGCCAAUAAUACUCCUAUAAUACUCGUAAACGACUCUUGUAAUCCGUAUUUUAUGUUACCUUCUUGUCAAAGACAAUAAAUAUAUGUCUGGAUGGCUAAAAUUUUCAGUUCUUCUGUUUUCUUCUCAAACAACAAUAAGCCAUUCUGAUAAAACAAUUUUAGUCUUUGCAUUUGUACUCUCCAAGAAAGUUAAGAUAUUUUUUUAUACUGCCAUAGUUAUAUAAGUUGACCUGUAAUCUCUCUUUUUUCUUUUUUUACCUCUUUUUUAUAAGACUCUAAGUAAGCUCAAAUGUAAAAAUAUUAUAUUUAGGUAAAUUGUAUUUAUAUUUAGUGUUAGGGCUUGAAAUUUGUGAUAAGAUUUUAAUAAAUUAAAAAGA